CGACCGCGUCCUCAGGGUUACCAUGGCAACGGGGAGGGAACGGCCGGGAAUGGGACCGGGAAUGAGCCGGGAACUGAGAGGGGCUGGUGUAAAUAAACCAGCAGUGCAAAGCACGGCAUGAAACCCUCAGCUCUGAAAUACACUGCAGUGUUUUCUCCCCGCUCUCGCACCGUGAACAGAAUCCACGUGCCUCCAAAAGUCCUCGUGCCGCCCGUUUUCCACCCUCCCAAAUGGCAAAGGGGGACUCUGAGGGAAGGGGGAUCUGCCUCCAGCCCCGAGGACUCCCAGGACUCGGACUCAGAGAGCCUUGCUGAGGAGGGGCAGGACCAGCUGGGGCUCCAGCAGAGGAUCCUGGAGAAUGAGGAGCUGCUGGGACUGGGCUCUGAGGAGCUGGACAAUGACAGCCUGGAAGAGGACAGCCUGGAGGAGGUGAGCUCAGAAGAAGACACCAGUCCAAAGGGAACGCAGAAGAAUGGAAGGAAAAACCAGUCUGUGGACAAAUAUUCCAGCCUAAGGUACAAUCCUAACUGGAAGAACACAAGAAAGGCAGGAAAAGCACCUCAAGUUGGAGGAAGCAGUGUGGACUUUUCACAGGAGUCAUUUUACCUCCAUUCCAGUGGCUCCUCAGAAGGAAAGAGUCAAGAGGAGGCAAACCCACAAAAUUCAUUCUUAGAAUUCGGUUCAGAAUUUUUAAGCUUUCCUGAACCAACUGUCCUGGUCAGCAGUGAACCCCUUGGGCCUCAAACCAAAAAGAAGGAAUCUGGAGAUGGUUUUCAGUCCAAAGAUCGACCACAGAGAGCAAAGAAAAACUUUGUGAAAAAAAAUAAGCAGACUUUAGGAUUGCCCUCAGAGAGGAUAAAUUCCUAUCUGGAGUUACACAAGAAAAAACAACAAGGUCUUCAAGAGCAGGUCACAGAUCCUAAAACAGUUGAUGAGGAAGAACCACCACCCCAGACUGUGAAAAAGAAGCCUGAAGACAACCUGAAAGGACAGCAGCUCAAGGAUCAGCACAGUAAGUUCUCCCAGAGAGAGAAAACAAAACCCACUGGGAAUCUCAACAGCAAAGAUUUUCCAAGGAAUGGCAGCCAACAACCACCAGGAAGAGCAGCAGAACCAAAGCCUUGGCACCACAAUCCCCAGCAAACACCAGGAUUUCAGGCUGCUCCCAGUGCAGAGGAGCAGGACAAGGACACUGCCCUGCAGGAAUCUCUGCAUCCCAAUCCUGAUGCUGAUCCAGCAGCAAAAUCCAACACUGGGUUCAAUAAUUCCCCAAAUUCGAGACAUUUUGUUAAGCAAGACUUUCCCACAUCUUCCUGUCAUGUUCAUCCCACAUCCCAGCACUGGAACCCAGCAGACACCAGCAAGGAGAACGAGAAAUCUCAGCAGGAAUCUCCACGUGGAAUUCCACAUUCACACCACCACAUCCCUGGGCAGCCUUCUGGAAGUACCAGUGGCCAAGAAAAUCCGAAACACAGGAACAUUUCAAACAUUUCAGCUGCUUUUAGUGCCAGUUUUCAAGAACUGAAGGAUCAAAUCCCACUUCAGGACUGCAAGAAACACAUUCAUGAGGAUAAAAGCUCACCACCAGCUCCUUGUGCCACCCCCGGGUUUCCCCAGCUGCUGGAGCAGCAUCUCCCAGGAAUCCCUGCUUUGGCAGGAGCUCCCUUUGCUGACAGGUGGCUGCUCAGCCUCCUGCCCCCUGCGAUCCCACGGGUCCCAGGUGGUUCCCAGGGAGAUCCCGAGGCAGGAAACCCACUGACAAGAAGCAGGAGGAACUCAGAGGGACAUCUCACACAAAUGAAAAAGCAAACCCAGCCUAAAGUCAGCAGGAAGCCAUGUGGCCCAAAAGUCACCAUAAACCUGAAUGUGAAGCUUGGGGGCCUUGGACCUGACUAUGAGGCAAUCAAAGAGAAAAAGCAGAAGUUAAAGCUGCAAAAGGAAUAUUCAAGGCAGAUUAAGGAAUACAACAUGAAAAAUAUUACUUUGGUUCAGAAGUUACCAACAAAACCUCAGGUCACAUCUUCAGUGUCGAGACAGAAGGCACUGGAAUAUGCCAAGAAGAUUCCAAGGCCAAAGACUUUCAUGACAAGACCAUCAGGCAAAGAGGUGAAAGAGGAAGCUCUGUCCCAGACUUCAGAUGGAAGCAGCUUCCCCAAAAUCCCAUCCCUGGAAACUCUGCGGAGCAGACACGAGAAGGAGAAGGAGGUUGUGGCUGCUUUCAAAGCCCUUCACAUCCUCUAAGGGAUACAUCUGAAAACAUUUGGGAUAUCUCCAAACCAAAAAUGCCCAAACUAUUUAAUUAUGAGCUCUGACCAUCACAUAUUGAUUUACCAGCCCACCGAAAUAUGAAGUAGCUCAAGUUUAAUCACUGAUAAAUUUUGGACACGGUUCUACCACACCUUUUUUUCUUUUUUUUUAAAUAAAAUAAACCUUUGCAUAUGUAGCAUUUUAAA